AUGCCCACCCCUACACACCGUCAAGCCUGGCGUCGAACAGACGACUACACCAAAGGCACACCAAAGGUGAAGCUCGUGAAGGAGAAGCUUCCUCUUCCCCUGCACCCUACAUCUGUCCUCAUCAAGGUUCAUGCCGUUUCCCUGAACUAUCGCGACGCCAGCAUCGCCAACGGCGGCAACCCCUGGCCCGUCACGGAAAACGGCGUCCCCGGCAAUGAUGCCGCGGGGGAGAUCGUCCUGGUAGGCGACCAGGUGUCCCUCGUCUCCGUCGGGGACCGCGUCGCACCCAUCACAGACUCCGAGUACGUGACGGCCCGGUCUACGGGGCGCUCCUGGCUCGCCGCCGACGAGGACGGCACUCUGGCCACGCACUUCGUCUUUGACGAGGCCAAGGUGACCAAGCUGCCUGGGCAUCUCGACUGGAUCCAGGCCUCCGUGAUCCCCUGCGCAGGGACUACCGCGUGGUCUGCAAUCAAGGGCGCCACCGUUGGCCAGACCGUUCUCAUCCAAGGCACGUGUACCGGUGGUGUCUCGGUAUUCGCCAUCAAGCUCGCUCGCGCCUCCGGUCUGCGCAUAAUCUUGACCUCGUCCAGCGACGAGAAGCUGGACCGGGUGAAGGAGCACUUUGGAGAGCCCGAAAUCCAGACCGUCAACUACAGAACUCACCCCGAGUGGCAGGCCGAGGUCCUACGCCUGACGGACGGCACAGGCGUCGACCUCGUUGUGGAGAACGGCGGCAGCAGCUCGCUUGUCAGGUCGAUGGAGUGCACCCGACGAGGAGGCACCGUCAGCCAGGUAGGCUAUCUGGGCGGUUCAAAGCCCGAGAAUCUGAGGGGAUUCGUGUCUACUGUCAUCGACCGACGGCUCAACAUCCGCGGCGUAAAUGCCGGUUCCAAAGCCGACCAGGACGAUCUGAUGGCUGCUGUUUCAGCCACGGGGAUGACCUUUGAGGAUAUAAUUGACUCGACCUGGUCGUUUGACAAGGCUGACGAGGCCAUCGAGUUUGUCUGGCAGGGGAAGCAGAUCGGAAAGGUGGUCGUCAGCCUUGAUCAGUAG